CAGCGCCUUCUGAUUGGUCGAGAGAGGACUGAGAAAAACAGCUUACGCCAUAUUUCCAGUUGAACGACAAGAGCUCUCUACGUGCGAAAAUGCUUAAAUAAUGGCGCACACCGGUGCAAUGGAAGACGCGUCCUCGGUGGACAGCGCUGGCAAGCCCGGUUCGAGUGCUACUGGCCCGCUCCGAAGUCGACCGUGCACCAGCGAGAGGGACGCCCAGGUGAGGGCUGUCAAAGCCGCCCUCCAGUCCCGGCUGGGUCCCUACGAGCCGCUGUUGACCUACCUGCAGUCUGUGCUGGUGUGGGAGAGACCGGUCCAGUGUGUGCUUCUCUACGGUGUGGUCAACGUUGUCUUUUGGUUCUUUGCGCUGACGUCGCUACGUCUGCUGUUCCUGCUGGCUUCUGGCCUCGCUCUGCUGGUCUGCGUGGACACCUGGAGGAACCAGAUCUGGCCCAAGCUUAGAGCAAAAAGCAUGGAAGAAUCGGAAAGCGAGAGCUGGAGCCUGGUGCAGCCUGGCGUCCUCAGCGUACCGGAACUGUGCCAUCACAUCGCCGAGGCCUGGGUCAGUGGGGUGGUUCUCGUGUCCGCCGCCAUGCUGUUCAAGCGACACAACCCCGGCAGGUUUUGCAUCCUGUCAUUCAUCCUCUUCUCCUGUUUGGCCGCGACAGGAUACUACAUUCCCGGAUUGGUGCUAUCCUACUUAGCCGUGAUGGUGACGCUGCUGGCUCCUCUGGCGGUCUACCACAGGCUCUUCCAGCGUGUGCUGGUGAAGCUGGAGCCGGUCCUGCAGCGGCUGGACUUCAGCGUUCACGGGUACAUGAUGUCAAAGCCGCUGGAUAAUCAGUUCCUGCGUUUGCCUCUACAUGCCGUCAUCUCCAGGGACGGCAGCGACAGCGAGGAGGAGCUGGCCGAAUUCUGCCCCAAGUUUGAUGACAAUGUCGUCGCAAAGGAACUGGCUCUGACCGACUCGGAGCACUCUGACGCUGAGAUUUCCUACACUGACAAUGGGACGUUUAACCUCUCGCGUGGUCCCACGCCGCUCACUGAGGGCUCUGAGGAUCUGGACAGGCACAGUGACGCCGAAGAGUCUUUUGCUCAGGACCUCCCAGAUUUCCCUUCCAUCAAUCCCGACGCCACUCUGAUGGACGAUGACGAUGACACCAGCAUCGGUCUGCCGAGUCUGGGUCCGUCCGGUCUGCACAGUCACCGCGCUUCCGUGCUGGAUGUGGACGCCCACCUGGACUCGGACCAGGAAGAUCUGGACGCUGAACUCUCCCACAGCGGCCUGCCGCCCGCCUCCAACUUCACGGACGACUUAGCAGGCGUCAUCGCCAGUAACAUGAUCCAGGCGGCGUUGGUGGGCGCCAUGCAGCCCCGCCGACCCGCCGCCCAGCGAAGGCAAGCCCCCCCUAGGGCGGGGGCCCACCACCGGAGCUACCGCAAGCAGUCCAGCUCGGAAAUGGACACAGACUUGGACGCCGAGGACUUUGAAAUGCUGGAUCAGUCGGAACUGAGCCAGAUGGAUCCGCUUACAGAAGGAGGGGGAGGACACGGGGAGGGUCAGGGGUCCAACUUCCUGUCCAGCCUACUGGGUAAACCAUAGUAACAAAGUGUGUGAGUGUUGUAGUAAAAAAAAAAAAGAUAUUUUAAUGUUUCAGCCCCGCCUUUCUGGUCAGCGUUAUCACUGUGAUGUUUUUAUUCAUCAGCAGGUCUCCAGCUGAGCUACAGGAAGAACUAUUGAUGUUCUCAUCAAUCACCAGCUUUUUUUUUUGGAGCCAUGACCCCGUGUCGGACAAUAGAGGGCUAUUUAUUAACUUAGGGACCAAAUCCGACAUUCCCACUGGAGCCAUCCUUGUUGCAGUCCUAACACUUUAUUUACAAACCAUUACACAACUAGUGCUGGAGAUUCUUUAUUUUAUUUUUAUUUUUUUAGUUAUCUACAAUUUUCCAAAGUUGCACUUAUUUUAAACGACAAUCUUUUUGAUUUUACACAACGGAAAGAUGCAGCUGAGUAUUUACAAUAAAUUAGAAUACUGAUAGAAGCUACUGAAUUUGGUGUUUAUUAGUUGUAAGUCAUAGCCAUUAAAAUAAUUCUUUAAAAAUACAAAUAUUCAUUUUAACAGAUAUUGUAAUUGAUUUACAUGCACAUUUAUACUUGUUACAUUUUUUUGGUCCAUGGUGAAAUCCUCUUUGCUGUGUGGCUGUAAAUAAUCCAACAUGUCUUUUUUUAAACAAGGUUGAUGCAACCCAAUCGUUUAAUCAUUCAUGGUAGUAUUCACAUUGGGGAUGGGUUUACAUGGAAGUAAUGUCUGAUUAUUGGUCUUUCUAGUCACGUGCACAGUAUAUUUAAAAGAAAUGAGCCACAGCUUUUUUUGAAAUCAUAAUUGUAGACUUUAAAGAUGUGGUUUGAGAAGCAGGAUAGUAGUGAACAAUAAAAACGCUGGAUUCAAUAACAAGAAGAGUGUGCACUGACUUGAGUUUGGUAGAGUUUGCCUGAUAGGUAAUAAUGUAUUUUCUUCUCUGGAGCUGUUUGUUUUAUUGUGAAAAUCGUUAAAUAAACUUCUGCGUUACAGAUACAGUCUUAUGUAAAAGUGGCCCGUUGAUCUUUCUAGUCACGUGCACAGUAUAUUUGAGUUUGGUAGGAUUUGCCUG